CCGCUGACAAGCUUUUUGACUGUUGAAGACGUUUGUUCGUCAACAAAACUUCAACUUCUGGGAGACCUCCGCUCCGAUCAUAUGCUACUGCAGAGGCGUCAGUUCACUAUUUUAGACUUAGAUCAGAGUUAUCAUCGAUUCUGCCACGAAAGAGUUUGAAACCAAUCAUAUGGUGGAAUCAGAAAGCCAAUAAUACAAGGAGAAAUUGCCAGGAUAUUUUACUAUAUAUCUUGACAAAGCCCAAGCCUCUGAGUAUACUACCUGGAAACCACCUAUGUUAUGCACUUAAGAUUUAUAGCCCGCUAUAUUAUUUAAGCAUGGACCCCAGUGACCAGAGCGCGGAUGACCAGUCAGCACUCACAGCUCCUCCUAUCGCUUGCGAAACCUUCCAGCGACGGCCGUCUGCACACCAGAUACGCCAGCUGAAAAGCGACCUCGGAGAGUACACCUGGGAUGGGACACCAUACCAUGCCAUAUACGCCGGCAUUGCUCUUAGUUACCACUUCACCAAUAGGAGAGUCACAAUCGCCGUCGCUGUUCGUGACAGCUCAUACAUGCUAGACUACGCGCAGCAUGAUAUAUCCUCCGGCAACCUGCAUCCAGAUUGGUCAGCGAUUACGGAUCAUAUCAUCGUGACAGCGAGAGGAUAUCAGCAUGACCAUGCUGAGAAGUUCAUCGGCUUGGCCAUGUCGACUGACUUGGCUGAACGGUGUCCUGACUUGUGUGCUCGUCUUUGGCUUGAGCUGGACAUCAUACCCAUCGUACUUCGGAAGGUGGAGGAGAAGGUUAGUUGGGGUUCCUACGAUGAACAAUUGCCGUUCAAAUCGCUGGACGAACAGGCUGAGUCAAUGGCAAGAAAGUGUAUAAGGUUCUUUGGCCCCAGCCAAGCCCCAGCCCUAGAGAUUGGCAGCCGGGGCGUUGUUGAAGUCGACGCUGCGUUCCACGUCAAGUUGACGAGACUCUUGGAUUACCAGAAGACGGUGGGGUCGGCAACUUGGUCCGCGGUCAACAAGUUUGCCAACGACCUCAAAAAACGGCGCGUGAAGAUAGCCUUCUUCAGCGCCACCCCGCAGGGUGGCGGUGUUGCCCUGAUGCGCCAUGCCCUUGUUCGGCUUGCAAAAGUACUCGGAGUGGAUUUGGAAUGGUAUGUCCCGAAACCUAGGCCUGGCGUUUUCCGCAUCACCAAGAACAACCACAAUAUACUUCAAGAAAGGGAUGCUGUUCGCGAUUGGGUCCACGAGAAUGCAGACCGCUUCUGGUUCAAGAGAGCCGGACCUCCAGCUCCCGAGUGGUUGGAAAAGCACGCCUCGCUACUUCCUCAGUUGCCAAUACUUCCCUGGUUCCAGAGAAAUGGCCCCCUGGUUCAUCCUAUCGAUGGUGGUGCCCACAUAAUCAUCAUAGAUGACCCUCAGUUGCCAUUCUUGAUCCCUAUGAUCAAAAAGCGCACGCCAGACAGACCGGUCAUUUACCGAAGUCAUAUCCAGAUUAGAAGCGAUCUCGUCGCCACGCCGGGCACUCCACAGGCGGAGGCUUGGGAACUUUUGUGGGAGUCCAUCAAGCAAGCGGAUCUCUUCAUCAGCCACCCUGUGCGUGCGUUUGUGCCAAAGAACGUUCCCUUGUCGACGGUUGGAUACAUGCCUGCGUCAACUGACUGGUUAGACGGAUUGACCAAACCUAUGAAUGACUGGGAAAUCUCCUACUAUGGGCGAAUCUUCAAUUCCCAAUGCCGAGAGCAGUACAUGCCCACAAUUCAGUUCCCAGAAGAGGAAUAUAUCGCCCAAAUUGCGCGGUUCGACCCUUCCAAAGGAAUACUUGACGUGCUCGUCUCAUACGAAAAGUUCCACAACCUCCUCUGCAUUUCCCUUCCCGACUGGAGACCGCCCAAACUGCUCAUCUGCGGACAUGGGUCAGUUGAUGAUCCAGACGGCACCAUUGUCUAUGACACCGCCCUAGAGUAUGUCAACCAUCAUCUCAAUCAUCUCAAGCACCUCAUCUGCAUCGUGCGUAUUGGUCCGAGCGAUCAGAUGCUUAACGCACUAUUGUCCAAGGCGAAAAUUGUCCUGCAGCUCUCAACCCGUGAGGGUUUUGAGAUCAAGGUGUCGGAGGCUCUGCAUAAGGGCAAACCCGUGAUUGCGACGCUGGCCGGUGGAAUCCCACUGCAGAUCCAGCACGGCAAGAACGGGUUCCUCGUAGACGUGAGCGAUACAGAUGCUGUAGCUGGCCAUCUGUUCCAACUCUGGACUGACCAAAAGCUCUACGAUCGUAUGAGUGAGUUCGCGUCCACGAACGUCAGCGAUGAAGUAGGCACAGUAGGGAACUUGCUCUCGUGGCUGUAUCUGGCUUCUGAAUUGUCCAAAGGAAGAAGCAUUCAGCCAAAUGAGCGCUGGAUCAACGACAUGGCGCGAGAAGAGGCGAAUGAGCCGUAUGAGCCGAUGGAGAGCAGGCUGAAACGGGCGUUACACACGGUCGAGGCGAAGUGAGGACCUCUAUUCUUAUAUUUUGUCAAAGGUAGUAAACUUAUUCUCCUAUUCUCACUUGAAUCAUCCGCUAGGGAGUAAAGAGCUUGUUGCGGAGAGAUGGGAUUCUAGCGGAUGCAUAUCCAUUACAGCGAACUUAGCCAGUGGGUUGGUAACGAUGCCUCCUUAUAUGUAUGUCGCAUACCACCACGCGGUUUGUGCGACUGGAUAUGAAACGCGGUCUGUACUUGGAGCCGUGAUUCCCGUUUCACAUCCGGCUUUUUGUAUCAAGGACUUCAGUCCUAACAUCAUAGCUUAGAUAUCCGUGCCCGAAC